AUGCCUUCACUACCCAAUUUUAAAGGCUCAACAUCAGCUAGAUAUGUUAAAAAUGAUAAUAAAUCAAAAUACAAAUCAUCGGAGUUCAAAAAUAGACCACCAUCAAAACCUGUAGAUCCAUAUAAAGCAAACAAUCCUAUGCUCAACGAUUCUAUUCAAAAGAAAGAAAUGGUAACUCGAAUAGACCAAAUUGAUUCGAUAAUGGGGUUUGACAGAUUAGAACAUGGUGAAAAAGAUGGGAACAAACCAAGAAAAGGUUGGUUAAUUAAUAUGCAUUCAACAACAAUUCCUAGUGAAAAGUAUCUAACAGGAUAUUCCGGAGUUGACUACUACUUCUUGGAUGAAGAAGGUGGAAGUUUUAAAGCUACAUUACAAUACGAUCCAUAUUUUUUUAUUGAUAUUAUGACGAAUGAAUUUGAAUCUGAAGUUGAAGAAUGGAUGAGGAAAUUUUUAGAAACUACUAAUGUAAAAUCUUUUGAUCGAGUUAUAAAAGAAGAUUUAUCUUUACCUAAUCAUUUACUUGGAUUGAAAAAAAAUUUGAUAAAAUUGACCUUUCAUAACAUUCAGGAUUUAUUAGCUGCAAGAAGACUUCUUACUCCAAUAAUCAAGGAAAAUCAAAUGCAAAAAGAAUCUAGAAAUAUGUUUAAUUUCACGACAGAAUUGGAUGCAAGUGAUCCGUCCAAACUUAUAAGUGAUAUAAAAGAAUUUGAUGUCCCAUAUCAUGUUAGAGUUUCUAUUGACAAACAAGUAAGAGUUGGAAAAUGGUAUAAUGUUUAUGCAAAACAUUCUAAAAUUGAAUUAAUUGAAGAUAAAGAAUUAAUUGCUUUUGCUGAUCCAGUUAUAUUAGCUUUUGAUAUUGAAACUACCAAAGCACCAUUAAAAUUUCCAGAUGCAAAAAUAGAUCAAGUCAUGAUGAUAUCAUAUAUGAUUGAUGGAGAAGGAUUUUUGAUCACCAAUAGAGAGAUUAUAUCUGAAGAUAUUGAAGACUUUGAAUACACACCUAAAGCUGAAUAUCCUGGAUUAUUUACAAUUUUCAAUGAGCCUGAUGAAAAACACGUGUUGAUGAGAUUUUUUGAACAUAUUAGAGAAGUGAGACCUACAGUCAUUGCUACAUUCAAUGGAGAUUUUUUUGAUUGGCCAUUUGUUGAAAAUCGUGCUAGAUUUCAUGAUUUAGAUUUGUUUGAAGAAAUCGGAUUCGCUAAAGAUAAUGAAGAUGAAUACAAAUCUAAAUAUUGUGUUCAUAUGGAUUGUUUCAGAUGGGUUAAGAGAGAUUCUUAUUUGCCACAAGGUUCACAAGGUUUGAAAGCUGUUACAACUGUCAAAUUAGGUUAUAAUCCUACUGAAUUAGAUCCAGAACUAAUGACUCCUUAUGCAUAUGAAAAACCUCAAGUUUUGGCAGAAUAUUCUGUUUCUGAUGCUGUUGCUACUUAUUAUUUAUAUUACAAAUAUGUACAUCCUUUCAUUUUUUCAUUAUGUACAAUUAUACCGUUAAAUCCUGAUGAAGUUUUGCGAAAAGGUACAGGUACCUUAUGUGAAAUGUUGCUAUCAGUUCAAGCCUACGAAAAUAACAUAUUACUACCUAACAAACAUUCAGAUCCAAUUGAAAGAUUUUAUGAUGGUCAUUUGCUAGAAUCUGAAACUUAUGUUGGUGGACAUGUCGAAUCAUUAGAAGCUGGUGUUUUUAGAAGUGAUAUAGCUACAGAUUUUAAAAUUGAUCCUGGUGCUAUUGAUGAGUUAUUGAGAGAUCUACAUAAUUCCAUAAAAUUUUGCAUUGAGGUGGAAAAUAAUAAGAAAAUUGAAGAUGUAGAAAAUUUUGAUGAAAUUUAUGAUGAAAUUGAAAAUGCAUUACUUGAUCUUAAAUACAACCCAAAAAGAAAAGAAAAUCCAUUAAUAUAUCAUGUGGAUGUUGCUUCUAUGUAUCCCAACAUUAUGACUUCAAAUCGUUUACAACCUGAUUCUAUGAAAUCUGAAGAAGAUUGUGCAGCAUGUGAUUUUAAUCGUCCUGGUAAAAAUUGUGAUAGAAGAUUGCCUUGGUCAUGGAGAGGAGAAUAUUAUCCAGCUGAAAUGAAUGAAUAUAAUAUGAUAAAACGUACAUUACAAAAUGAAUCUUUCCCACCUCAAAAACCGUGGUUACCACCUAGAACAUUUGAUGAAUUAUCUUAUGCUGAGCAGGCCUCAGCUGUGAAAAAAAGGUUGAGUGAUUAUUCAAAAAAAGUAUAUCAUAGAGUCAAACAGAGUCAAGUUGUUACCAGAGAAGCUAUUAUUUGUCAAAGAGAAAAUCCAUUUUAUGUUGAUACUGUUAGAAGUUUUAGAGAUAGAAGAUAUGAGUUCAAAGGGUUAGCAAAAGUUUGGAAAGGCAAAGUUAACAAGAUAAAUGCAUCUGAUAAAAUUGCAAGAGACGAGGCAAAUAAAAUGGUUGUUUUAUAUGAUUCCUUACAAUUAGCUCAUAAAGUUAUUUUGAAUUCCUUUUAUGGUUAUGUAAUGAGAAAAGGUUCAAGAUGGUAUUCAAUGGAAAUGGCCGGUGUAACUUGUUUGACUGGUGCAACUAUUAUACAGAUGGCAAGAGGAUUGGUUGAAAGAAUUGGUAGACCUUUGGAAUUAGAUACAGAUGGUAUAUGGUGUAUUUUGCCAAAAAGUUUUCCUGAAAAUUUUAAUUUGAAAUGCAAAGAUGGUAAAAAGAUCUUUUUGGAAUAUCCUUGUUCUAUGUUGAAUUAUUUAGUUCAUGAAAAAUUUACAAACAACCAAUAUCAAGAUUUAAUAGAUCCCGAUAAAUUCAAAUAUAAGACAAGGUCAGACAAUUCUAUUUUUUUUGAAGUUGAUGGUCCAUAUAAAGCAAUGAUCUUACCUACAUCAAAGGAAGAAGGAAAAGGUUUGAAAAAGAGAUAUGCUGUUUUCAAUGAUGAUGGUUCAUUGGCAGAAUUGAAAGGGUUUGAAUUAAAAAGAAGAGGUGAGUUACAGUUAAUCAAAAAUUUUCAAUCCGAUAUAUUCAAAUUAUUUUUGGAAGGUGAUUCAUUAGACUCAUGUUAUGAAGCUGUUGCAACGGUAGCAAAUAAUUGGUUAGAUGUUUUAGACACAAAAGGUGGUAUGCUUGAGGAUGAAGAUUUAAUUGAAUUAAUUUGUGAAAAUAAAAGUAUGUCCAAAAGUUUGGCAGAAUAUGGUGAUCAAAAAUCUACUUCAAUUACAACAGCUAAAAGAUUAGGUGAUUUUUUAGGUAAAGAUAUGGUGAAAGAUGCUGGGUUGGCAACAAAAUAUAUUAUUAGUGCUAAACCAAUUGGAGCUCCAGUCACUGAAAGGGCGGUACCAGUUUCAAUUUUUUCAUCGGAGAAGAAGCAAAUAUAUCUUAAAAAAUGGUUGAAGGAUCCUUCGUUGAAUAAAUUUAGUCCUAGAGAUAUCAUUGAUUGGGAAUAUUAUUACGAAAGGUUAGCAUCAGUUGUUCAAAAAAUCAUUACCAUACCUGCUGCUUUGCAAAAUGUUAAAAAUCCUGUUCCAAGAGUAGCUCAUCCAGAAUGGUUGAAAAAGAAAGUUGAAGAUAAAGAAAGCUCUAAACAACAAAGUUCAAUUGCAAAUUUUUUCAACAAAAGUUCAAAAGAUGAAACAAAAGUUAAGGAUAUUGAAGAUUUUGGUGAAAUUGGUAUGGAAGCUGCCAAGUCGAAAGUAAGUAUGGUUCGACUUAAAAAAAGAAAAGCUGGACGUGUUAAUUUGAUUCCGGAUUCUGAGGAGGAAGAAAAAAAUCAAGCUUUAUUAAAUGGUGAAUGUCCUUCUGCUAAAGAAGAUUAUAGAGCUUUUUUGAAUUAUCAAAAAGCUAAAUGGAACUUUCAAGCUACAAGUAGGGAAAGAAGAAAGAAGUUGUUUGGUGCUCAAGCUCAAAGUUCACAAAGAUCAACCGUUGGUGGUUUGUUUAGAAAACAGGCCGAAAAUAUUGCUGGAAGUAAUUGGGAAAUUUUAGAAUAUCAAGCUGAUCCAACUAAACCUGGUGAUUUGAAAGUAUAUGUUUCAGCUGAAGAUAAAAUCCAUACGUUCACCUUCCAUAUUCCUAAAAAGAUUUAUGCUUCAUUUAAAUCACCAUUAUCAGUACGUGAAUCCAUUGUCGGAUGUGAAAUUGAAAAGUCAAAUGCAAUUCUACCUAAUGGUCAUGAUGCUACAAAUUUAUACAAAUUUACAAUGCCUCAAUCUAUUUAUCAAGAGCAAAUGUCAGUUGUUCCAAGUAUUUUACAAAGCUCUAAAACUUUGGGUAUUUAUGAAAGCAGUAUUAGUCCAAUCGAACGAGCAAUUAUUGACUUAGGAAAUACGGUAAAAUUCGAUGAUACUAGAGUUGGUGCAUUGGGUAGAGGUUUGAAAAAUGGUUUUAGUACUAAGGAAUUGAUGAAAAUUGAGAAUGAUGCCUACUUAAGAAAAUUUGACAUGGAUAUAAUAUACUUGUUACAUAUUGUCGCAAACAACUACGAAUACUAUACAAUCUUUAAAUCAUGGGAUAAUCAAAGUCAUAUGUUUAUUUUAAAACCAUCCACUAAUGCACAAGAAUUACCUAAUAACAUUUCAAGAAUUUAUAGAGAGGUUUAUGAAAGCAAACAGGAAAAAUUGAAUAAAAGAUCGGUCAUUAAUUAUCCUUCAGAAAUGUCCUUUGAAAUGGUUUAUCACCAUGAUAAAACUAAGUUAUUGAAAAAAUUAAAUCAAACUGUGAAUAAAAUACAUGAAAGUAGAAGCAGUAAAGCCUUACUUGCAAUUCAAUCACCAUACACAUCUAAGCUUUUAAAUCUUUUAACUUCAUUAUCAAAUUUUCCAACUAUCAAGAUGACGAUUAAUGAAUUAACUUUACCAGCAGUUGGUUGGCAAGCUUUGCUUUCAAAAAGAGUAAUCAAUCACUACUUUGUAUUGGCAUCAUGGAUUGAAAACUUAAUUGCUUUGUCAAAAUAUGGACACAUUCCACUUUGUAAUAUACAAAUUGAAAAUAUUGGAUAUUUGAUUGAUGUUGAAUAUGCAAGAAGAUUAACUGCUAAUAAUAUUGUGCUUUGGUGGUCUAAAAAUCCAUUGCCUGAUUUAGGAGGAUUUGAGAUGGAUCAAUCAAAUAACAUUGAAAAGUUGGAAUUUCCAGUUAUUAAUAAUCCAGAAAUUUAUGAAACAACUUGUUUAGAAGUCGAAAUUGGAACUUUAACCAUCAACACAAUCUUAACUAGUUCAUUAAUUAAUGAAGCCGAAGGAACUGAUCUUGCUGAUGAAUCAUUGGUUUAUGAUAAUAACAAUGGAGCUUCUGCUUUUUCUGAAGAUUCAUUUUCUACACCUGCUUUGCUAAUUUUGAGAACAAUGGUCAAGGAGUGGUGGGAUGAUGCUAUGAAAAAUAACAUAAAUGCAGAUUCUGUAAUGAAUGCUUUAAUUCCUUGGGUGCAAAGAAAAAACUCCUACUUAUAUGAUCCAGCAUUACAUUAUCAUGUUCAUAAUCUUAGUUCAAAAGCUUUAUUACAAUUGGUUAGUGAGUUUAAAAAGAUGGGUGCACAAGUCAUUUUUGCUAGUAGAACAAAAAUCAUGCUUCAAACUACCAAAGUCUCAGUUGAGAAUACUUAUGCUUAUGGUCAAUAUAUUUUAAAAGCUGCUAGAUCAAAACCAUUAUUCAACUUUUUGGAUUUGAAAAUUGUUAAGUAUUGGGAUAUUUUAAUGUGGAUGGAUGAAUUCAAUUACGGAGGUAGAAGUUGUGUUGAAAUAACCAGUGCAGAAACCCAAAAUUUGGCUAUUGAAAGUUCAUGGCAGAUGAAAAAGUUUUUACCUAUUGUCUUUCAAAAUGAGUUUGAAGAUUGGAUCUUCAUAUUUUUAGAUGCUUUGAGUCAACGUAAAAUUGAUACAAUUACUGGUACACAAUCCUCAACUCCAAGAGUAACUCAAAUUGCUCACAUUUUAAAUGGUAAAAAGGGAUCACAAUCGAAAGAGAUAGAAGAAGAGGAUCUCAGUGCUGGAGUAAUUGAAAUUUUUAGAAAGCCAUUCAUUAAACGAAUUGAGAAAUUGUACAAGAAACAAAUUGAUGCAAUUUUGAACCCUGAAUUUAAGAAAGAAUAUGAAUUUCCCAAAUUACCUGGUUCAUAUUUGGUCAUGAGAAAUCCAACUUUGGAACUAGUCAAAUUCCUUUGCGCUGUCUUUGCAUUAUCUUCAAAAAGAUUUAUCGAAGUUAGAGUUUUAAGAAAGGAAUUAUUACAAAUAUUUGAUAUAAAGGAAUUCAACUCACAAGCUACCUUUUACAACCCAAGUACUUCAUUGAUAAUUCCAUAUGUUAUUUGUGACUAUUGUAACUACACAAGAGAUAUAGAUAUUUGCAAAGAUCAGGAAAGAAAUGUAUGGAAUUGUUCGUCAUGUCAUAAACCUUAUAAUAAAAUUUCAUUAGAAGAAGAGAUAAUUUCACAACUUACAAAACUUUUUGCAGAAUUUUUCAAUCAAGAUUUAAAAUGUGAUAAAUGUGGAUCUAUUAGACAAUGUAAUUUAGAUUUAUUUUGCAAGUGUUCUGGUAAUUGGGUUGAAACUUUUGAUAAUGAAACAAUUGAUAAAAGAAUACAAGUUUUUAACAGUGUUUCGGAUUUUUAUAAUUUGCAAUUGUUAAAAGGGUUGUUAGAGGAAGUAGUAAAUAGCAUAUAG